AUGAUUAUUCCUGAAAAAUUUAGUGGUUUAGAUCUCUCUACUAUUAAACCUAUUCUGAAUCAGAAUUUAAUUGUAGCAAAUAAAUACAAUUAUCGUAUAUACUCUAUUCCUGAUUUGAAAUACAUUUUAGAUGGAAUUAUUUUUAAUAAAAAAAUUAGAGCAUUAUUUUGCUAAAAUGAAUUUAUGUAUGUAGGAUGUGGAAAGAAAGUUUAUACAAUUAAAAGAAAUGUAAUAGAUGAGAAUGAAUAUGAUGAUAAAAUCGAAUAAAUCUUAGUCUUUCAUCCCAUCAAGAUAAUAGCCACAAAACAUAAAUUAUAUAUAAAUGAUAAUGUAAUGAACUUUUAAGGUAUUAAAGGAAUAAUUCACGUUCCUACAUACUUAAAUAAAAUACUUUUAUACACUGCAUAAUAUAUCAAAAUUAUUAAUAUAGUGUCACUUACCAUUGUAACAACAAUAUUUUAAUAAUAAAUUUUCAAUAAAUAAGAUCAAACAAUUCAUUCAGUAAAGGAGACUUAAGCAUUAGAUAUUGUGGCAAUUGUUACAUAAAAUCCUAGUGAAAUUAUUUUUUUCAAUCUAAUGUCUUACUAAAUUAUUUCCAAAUAUGAAUUAGGUUUAUCUUAAAUUAGAGAUGUAUAAUUUAAUAAAUCUGGAAAUAUUCCUUUAAUGAGUGUUGUUUCAGAUAAAUCAUUAAUUUUAUAUAAUCUCAACUCUUAAGAAUUAAUUUAUACAUUUUAAAAUGAAUUCUAAAUUGAUUGGGCUCUAUUUUUAACUAAUAAUAAUAUUGUAAUAGGUUCUUCAUAAGGAAAUAGUAUUUAAUAAUAUACUAUUGAAGAACAUAAAAUGAUGUAACUAAUUAGAGAGAGGUAAGGAGUAAAACAAAAUAUUGAAUAAUGUCAUUUUUAUGGUUAAUAGGGAGAACCAUAAAUCAAUUAUGUAGCUAUUACAAAAGAUGAAAUACUCUAUUAAUCAAUUGUUAACUAAAAUCUUACAGCUAUAAAAAAGGGAUAAAUAAAUAAUUUUUCCUUUUCUACAUUAAGAGAAAAUGAUUGGGCUAAUAUGUUGACAACAAACAGUUCAAACUAUGUUGAAUUUUGGAAUGUUUAUUAAAAAAAAUUGACAACAAAAUUAAAUGGAUUAAAUAAUCAUGAUAGGAUAUUAUAAACAUUUGUUUCAAAAUGUGGAAAUUAUGGAUUUAUUGCAAACAUUAAUUAAGUUCAUAAGUUUAUUAUGCAAAGUGGAUUUUAUUAGAUGUCAUAUGUAAUUUAAUGGUUUUAAUUUAGAAUUUAUAAUCUAAUUUCCUCUAAAUGUAUAUAGAUCCAUCAAAUAUUUUUUUGAUUGUUGCUGAAUAGGGUCAGGUUGAAUAAUUAGAUUUUGUUUCAGGAUAAAGUUUAGCAACUUUAACUAUUGAAUCGAAUGUUACAAAGAUUAUAGGAUCAUAAUCAACUUAAAUUGCAAUUGCCUCUUUACAAAAUCAUUCUAUAAUUGCAAUAGAUUAUUCAAAUAUGAAAAUCAUUAGGUCAUUUGAAGGUCAUAAAGAGAAGGUAUAUAAUAAUUUAGAAUUUAUAGAUUUUAGAUAUGGCAAUUACAAUUGAUAAUUAUCAUUUAAUUUCAUCAUCUCUAGAUAAGAAAAUUAAAGUUUGGAAUUUAAUUUAUGGUAAUUUGGUUUAAGAAAUAUCUAUAAAUAAAGCUUUAAUAUCUAUAGAUAUAUCAGAGAGUCAAUUAAUUGGAGUAUUUCUAAAUUCUAGAUAAAUUAAUGUUUGGGUAAGCCAUUUAGAUAAUCCUUAAUAAAUUGCAAAAGCAAAAUAGAAAUGUGAAAUUAAUUUUCAUUCAGAUCUUUCAAUUAAAUCAAAGGAUUAUAGAUCUGUGUUGUAUGGAAACUAAAAUAAAAAAACUUAAAAAAUGGAAGAGGAAAAUGAUGUCAAGAAUUAAUUGAUAAUUAAUGAUUAAUCUAAUAAUAAGGACUUAAUUAGUUUCACAAAUCUAGAAGAAGGAAGAUGGGUUCCUAUAUAAAAUAUUGAAUAAAUUAGGGAAAGAAAUAGAGUUAAGCUAGCUGAUGCAGAUGUUAAAAUGCCCUUCUUUUUAGAUUUUAGGAAUACUGAUGUUGAAAAAUAAAAUAUUUUAAAUGAAAUUAAAGAAUAAGUAAAAGAAAAAACUAAAAUUUUAAAAUAAAAAAAAGAUCAUUUUUUAGCAGAAUUAAAAUCAGAAUUUGAAAUUUUAGUUGAGUAAGAGGAUGUUAAAUUAAUUAAUUUAAUCAAAACUUUAAGUCCAUCCUCUUAUGAUUAUGAAUUAAGAAGUAUUUUAAUGGGUAAACCAUAAAAUUAAAUUAAAAUCUUUAGAAUAUUUGAAGAAAGUCUUCAAAAUACAACAGAUUUAGAUUUAAAAGUAACAUACUUGAUGAGAUUUAUAGAGGUAAAUUAAAAUUUUAAUUUUUAGAUAUCUAGAGAAGAUAUAGAUUUAUCAAUGGAUUAAGAAUUAAAACAAACUUUAUUAAAGAUAAUAGAGAUCUUGGAAUAGUAAUGGGAAAAAUUAGAUGAUAUAAGAUCAUAUAUUGAAUGUGUUAUUGAUUAUUCUAAAACUAUAAUUUGA